AUGGCGGCUUUCGGUGCAGUGGUUUCUUUGAAGAAUACGAUUCGGUUUAUCGAAGAAUCGCCUCGCCUUGUUGUGAGUCCAACUAGUCAUAUCUUAAAACCGGCAUAUGAGGCCGUGUAUGGGUUGCAGGAUGUUAUGAAAAACUUGGAGUUCACCGGGUACACCAAGAUCAGAACGGAGGUGAACGCUUUGGAUGGCCGAAUCACAGAGGUCAUAUGGGAAUUCGAAGAUUUACUAGAUUCCCAUCUCUAUGAUCAGAUUCUUCCACAAGUCGAGAGAGUGACGACUGUGGAAGAGGAUGAGGAUGAGGAAGAGGAGGAGGAGGAUGAUCGCUCGCCUUUCUUUGUGGAUCUACACAGUCUGCAACAAAGUAUUGACCAAUUUGUGGCAAGGGUGACAGCGAUGGCAGUGGAGUACGAUGCUGAGCUGCUGAAUAUGCCCGAAGAAGAAGCCGAACCUAUUUCCUCAAGAAUUGAUUUUAGCGGAAUCAACUCAGAUAUGGUUGGAUUAAAUGAUGAAUUUGAACAUGUCAGGGAUUAUCUUCUUGCAGAAAAAGAAGAGAAAUGCUUUGCCAUUACUGGGAUGGCGGGAGUUGGAAAGACAACUCUGGCUAAGAAAGUAUUUGACGAUCCAUUAAUUCAGGAACAUUUUGAGCUUCGAGCAUGGGUCAAAGUGGGCAGAAAAUGUGAACCGAAUGAUGUAUUACGAUGCAUUCUGUCUCAACUGGAUCCCAACAUUCUAGACCAACAUGAUGAAGAUCAGAAAUUAGUUGGAGUCUUGGAAGACAGAUUGAAGGAUAAGAAAUGUCUCAUUAUGUUGGAUGAUGUAUGGGAAUGGGAAACACUAGUGUGGGAUAACUUGCCACAUAAGAAUGUUCGAAUCUUGCUUACAACCAGGUUCGGAAUUGAAGAUUAUCCAAGUCAAGUAGUACGCUUGUUGAAUGAAGAAGAAAGUAAGAUAUUACUUGGUGAUAAGGUGUUUGGUGAAAAGAGUUUCCCUACCGAGCUUGAGAAAUUGGGAGAGAAGAUUGCCAAAAAAUGUGAAGGUCUUCCGCUUAUGAUAGUCACAAUCGCAGAGCUCCUAUCUGAAGAAGAAAAGACCCCAGAAUACUGGAUUGAGAUAGCUGAAAAACAACAUAAUUCAGUUUUUGUGGAUGCAUAUAAUCUAAUAUAUGAGGUACUUUUCCCAAGCUAUGACUACUUACCUCAAUAUUACAAAAUGUUUUUUCUCUAUAUGGGAUCUUGGCCUCCAUAUUUUGAUAUUGGAGUGGCCAACUUCGACUGGCGGAUAAGAGCUGAGGGGUUUCUUGAACCGAUUGGAAACAUGACUUUGGAACAGUUUAUGCACAUUUGCUCAACACAUCUCGCUCACUGGUAUAACCUUGUCAUAUUUGAUAAAAAUAUGGAAUCUUGGUUCUCAGAGCGGAACUUUCGCGUGCAUUCUUGUUGGCAGCACUUGUGUAGGAAGGAAGCUAGUAAUAUAUCAAGUUUUUGCAUGUUUUACAGAGUUAUAAUGAUGUUAUAA